UUUUAAAUAAAUUUCAGUUAUGAAAAUAAAAAUUUUAUUUCCGAUUUCCGCCUUCCGAUUUCCGAUUUCCGACGUUUUUUUCCUUCCGAUUUCCGAUUUCCGAAAAAAAAUUUUGAUUUCCGAUUUCCGAGUUCCGACUUUUGAGUCAUUUCCGAUUUCCGACAGUUCCGAUUUCCGACACCUCGGGCUGUUCCGACCCACCUCUGCUCUAAACCUCCCUCCUUUAAUUAAGUCGGGACUAUGCUUCCGACUUCUUCGACUAGACUUGGUGGACUAUAAUUGUACUAACCAACACAAACAAAACAUUGAAAAUACAAAGUGCCAAAAUACAACUUGUUUCCAAAUUAUAGGAUUUUUCAUUAUUACUGUAUCUGGGGUUGAGGAAUUAAGACGGUGUAUCGUGGGAUUUGAGGAUAUCAUAGACCCCUAUUAA